UCUCUCUCUCUCUGUGUUACAAGAUCACCUUCAUAUUGGAUGAGCGUUCCAACAAGACCGAGAUGUGGAAUCGGAUCGGUGAAAUGAAACGCGUCGAGAUAAGGCCGCGCACCGCAGUCGACAUCGAAUCGAUCGCUUCCUUCUCAGCCGUCGGCAAGUGGCUUGGUGCGGAGACCAUCAUCCACACCAGCAGCACUCCUUCCCUGAAUGCGUACCGAGACGGUUGAGUGCGCAGAACAGCUGCGGUAACGUGUUCUGCUUUGUGGUAAGCACGUGCGCCUAUAGUCGUGCUGGUGGAAGUCGCCUGACCGGAGUUCAGUUCGUUGACUUGGCCUGCGGUGGUGGGAAAUAGAAUCCACGUGGACGGUGUCUAGCAGUACGAGAUAAACGGAACAACAGACAUCGGACGACGUCGGUUUGUCAUCUUUGUGAUAAACCUCAGCGUCAGCGUGUGGUCUUGGGUCAAGUUCUUGGGCUGUUCGCUGUUCAGUUACAUCCCAGCCUCCGUUGCUAGAGGGUUCGAGGAAUCCAAGACCCACACCAGUCGCCACCAUGAAGAAGGAUCCGGAACAAAGUGAAAGCGGUAUAGUCAAUCCAACUUUCUAUCAGGAGCUAGCGGAAGAUCGGAUUUCAAUCGAGGCUACGGAAGGGACAACGGGUACCGAUCAGGCGUCUGCCCUGCCCCAGCUUACCAUUACACGGCCAGUGUAUCAGCAGGAACAGCUUAACGAUGCGUACCGGUACCGGAAACCGAAGCGAACGAAGCUACACCACGAGCUGACCGAUCGAGUGCGGCAGAUUGACAGCAAGACGUGCUGUAGUACGGUGUUCCCGCUACUCACAUGGCUACCGGAGUAUUCCUGGAGCCGGGAUUUGGUGCGAGAUCUGGUGAGCGGCUGCACGGUGGCCGUGAUGCACAUCCCCCAGGGUAUCGGUUACGCACUGCUAGCCAACGUACCACCGGUGGUCGGCAUCUAUAUGGCGUUCUUUCCGGUGCUGGUGUACUUCCUCUUCGGUACCUCACGUCACAAUUCGAUGGGCACGUUCGCCGUGGUGUCGAUCAUGGUGGGCAAAACGGUCCUAGCGUACACCGGAACUACGGCGGAGGAUGGUGAAUCGGAGGAGCAGCGCACAGCGUUACAGGUGGCCACAGCCGUCGGGUUCGUCGUCGGUAUAAUGCAGCUCAUUAUGUGUCUCUGCCGGUUGGGAGUGAUUUCGUUUUUACUCUCGGAUACGCUCGUCUCUGGUUUUACCACCGGUGCGGCCAUUCAUGUCGUAACGUCGCAAAUCAAGGACCUGCUCGGUCUUACGCUCCCCUCCGUUGGUAGUAUGUUCGAGAUCAUUAAGACGUACAUAGAAAUCUUCCGGCAGAUUACGAGCGUCAACUGGGCUGCAAUUAUCAUAUCGGCCAUCACGAUCGUAGUGCUGGUCUUUAACAACGAGUACCUGAAGCCGAAGGUGGCCAAGCGGAGUGUUAUUCCGAUACCGAUCGAGCUGAUCGCCGUCAUUGCCGGAACGUUGCUGUCCAAGUAUCUGGAGUUACAAGAGAAGUACGCAAUCAAAACGAUCGGAAACAUCCCCACGGGCCUGCCCGCACCGUCACUUCCGGAUUUCAGCCUGAUGCCCUCGAUCAUCAUCGAUAGUUUUCCGGUGGCGAUGGUCGGCUAUACGGUGUCCGUGUCGAUGGCACUGAUCUUCGCCAAACGGGAAAACUAUGAGAUCGGAUUCAACCAGGAACUGUUUGCGAUGGGUGCCGGUAACGUGGUCGGUUCGUUUUUCUCCUGUUUUCCGUUUGCGGCCUCACUGUCCCGCUCCUCCAUCCAGUACUCGGUCGGUGGCCGCACACAGAUUGCGUCCGUCAUUUCCUGUGGCCUACUAGCGAUCGUGCUGCUGUGGGUUGGUCCUUUCUUCGAGCCGUUGCCACGGUGCGUCCUAUCCGGUAUCAUUGUCGUUUCGCUUAAGGGUCUGCUGAUGCAGGUGACCCAGCUAAAGGGUUUCUGGCGACAAAGUCCGAUCGAUGGGAUCGUGUGGGUUCUUACCUUUCUCUCCGUGGUGGCGUUUGCCAUCGAUAUCGGUCUACUGGUUGGCAUAGUGCUGAGCAUUUGCUGCAUCUUCUUCCGCUCGCUCAAACCCUACACGUGCCUGCUGGGCAAUGUGGCCAACACCGACAUCUACCUCGACACCAGUCGCUAUCAAGGACUCAUUGAUUAUGCAAAUAUUAAAAUAUUCCACUACUGUGGCGCACUCAACUUUGCGUCUAGGGCGGCCUUCAAGAAUAGGCUCUGCGAUACGCUUGGCAUCAAUCUGACCGAGGAGAUCAAGCGGCGUAAGCAACCGGACUGGAAACCAUCGUCAGCUGGCGAGCAGAGCUUGAAGUUUCUAAUUCUCGAUUUUACCUCGCUGACCUCGAUCGAUCCAUCCGCCAUCGGGACAUUUAAGGCGAUGGUACGUGAGUUUGAGUUGCUUCAGGUGACUAUCCUGACAGCCGGUUGUCAGCCACCGGUGGUCGAUAAUUUUCUACGUUGUGGGCUCAUCGGCGACAUCGAAAAGCCCUACUGUCGGCUGUUUACGACCGUACACGAUGCAGUGCAGCAUGCGCGAUCGGAGCUUGACCCGAUCGGUUCGUCAUCGGGUAACGGAAGCACCAUUUCUACCAUUACGGGAAUCAUCUAGGGAACUGUCUUCCUUCUCCAUUUACUUGCCAUGCCAGGGACUAAGGGGGCCGUACUUACGCGUGAUCGAGAUCGCCAGUACAAGUCUUUAGCAUUUGUACUAAAGACUGUCUUUAGUAUUUGUAUGUCCUUGUUUUGUUGUAAGCGAAAGAAGGUCUAGUUCGUAAUUCUAGGUUCUUAAACAAACUGCUCAGCGGGCGUAACGAAGUAUUCCAUUAGGCGGUCGAUAAGAUAGAUUUAGAUUUUAUUUUCUUCUUUUCGAAAAUUUUAGAUCCAGAAAACAUAAAAUCAAAUGCUGCGUAAGGGUCGUUGUGGUGAUUCAGUGUAUUAUAAACUCCUGAAAAUAAAAUGAAACAUCUGGACUGAA